GCGUCGUCUGCGUUUCAGCCGGGCCAACGUUCCGACAAUCCGACCAGUACGUUCCAGAUCCAGUUGCAGCAGUCGUUCUGUCGCCCUCUGAUCCGUCAUCUGGAGUCAUUCCGAGUUUUUUCCUUUCCCCUCUUCACCGUAUCUUCUUUCUUUUCCGGGCACAACAAGAGCCGUUCGGGAACGUCAGUGUUGAACUUGUGUUUUUCUUUUGCCCGUUCAUCCGACCGUCAGAGGUUUUCUCCCUUUAAAUUCUUCAUUUAAGCGAUAUCAUGCGGAAUUCUGCGCUUUUGAAGUGGGCACAAAAUAAGAAUGAUAAAGGUAACAGGAAAUGGAUACAUCCACCAGACACUUUACAGAAAGGGCACAUAGCAUAUCUAGUGAAGUUUAUGGGAAAUACCGAAGUGGACCAGCCGAAAGGAAUAGAUGUAGUCAAAGAAGCCAUAAGGAAACUGAAAUUUAAUCAACAGAUAAAAAAAUCCGAGGGUACAAAAAUACCCAAAGUAGAACUAACCAUAAGUAUAGACGGAGUUGCAAUUCAAGAACCAAAGACUAAGCGAAUUAUGCACCAAUAUCCUCUACACAGGAUAUCAUACUGCGCAGAUGAUAAAGGGGAGAAAAAGUCUUUUUCAUUCAUCGCCAAAAAUGGUUUAGACUCUGAAAAACACAUGUGUUUCGUUUUUGUGAGUGAUAAGCUCGCUGAAGAGAUAACGCUCACUAUUGGACAGGCUUUUGAUCUGGCCUAUAAGAGGUUUCUUGAAACGUCUGGUAAGGAUUUAGAAGUGCAGAGGAGGAUAAUCUUGCUCCAACAGAAAGUGAAGCAGCUUGAAAAUGAAUCGUCUGUCCUUAGGGAAAGACUUUCAGAUGUGCUGAAUGGUCAAGCAACGGACCUUGAAGGAUACAUGAGAAGGAAUAAAAUCACUAAUAUGUUAGUGGUUGAUGAGCUACCAGCUGAAGGAAGCACUCCUGAAAAACUUAACGGAAACACGACUGAUCACACCAAUGGCCUUUUGUUGAAUUUAAAUGAAGUCCCUUCUGCACCAACUGGGCAGUCGGUACCACCAGUCCCACCGAGAUCAUUUGAGAGCUACAGCAACGUAAAUGAUACAACACCGUGUGUCGGAACGAAGCUUGAAGGACUGCUUUUGGACCAACUGGACGACGAUUUCAACCCCAGAGCAACAGAGGUGGAGCAAACUUUGCCCGUCUUCCCCCAUAACAAUCACAAUGGGAUGAACCAUCAGAAGGCAACACUUCCAAACGCACCAUUCCUGGCACCCCCUCCGAAAGCCGGAAGUAGAAAUAAAUUCAAUUCGACAUUUCCCACUCCGGUAAAUGCGCCUUCGCCAUUUCGAAACCAAGACAACUUUUCAUCAGCAGAAAGCAGUUCGGAUCCUUUCGGCAUGGGAGAUUUUAGUAAUGCUCCUGUUGACCUUGAAAAUGCCAUCGGAAUGCUCGACAAAAGGAUUUUAGAAAUGAAAGAUGGUUUCAGUCGGGGUUUGUCAUUUGGCAAUGAAGAUUUUUCUAUCGAGAGUCUAGACCCACUGAGAAAAUCAUGAAAUACAGUGCUAAACUCUGGAACAUAUGAGAAUCUCCAAAAUAGAAAUAAUCAUAGUAUAAAUAACUAUAUAUUGUUCCUUCGCAGUGUAAAAAAAAUCUAUAUAACUUUAUGCUUUAAAUGCAAUAUAUAAUUAAUUAAUUAAACAAAAUUUAUAUUAAAACACAAAUGGAAAAAAUACUAGGGACCAAUGAAAUGCAUGUCUUUGCCCAAAUUUUUUCUUUUUUUUGGCAAAAGCAUUUUAUAAAAGUGCAACAAUUUAUUAUAUUUUUUUAAUGUAUAACUUGUUAUAAAAAAAAAUAUUGUUACUAUAUUUAUAAACUUUUUGAAAAGAUAAAUUAACUGUAUAAAAUAUAUUUAAAAAAAAUUUAAA